AUGAGAUUCAGACUGCAUGGAUGGACUGAGAGACUCUGGGUGGGGAUGCUGGUGGUAAUGCUGAUGGUGGUGGAGCUCCCUGGAGCCCUGCAGAAGUGCAUCCACGACGAGAUCCAGGUCCAGGCCGGGGUGGUCCGACCUGCAGACGGCCCACACAACGAGCCCAGACUCAGGAGGGCAUCACCUCUGAGUGGAAAGAUAGCCCCACCCACUCCUGCUUCUCCACAGCCAAUCAGGAUCCGGACGUGGAUUGCAAGGGAGAGCAACAAGCUAUCAGAGGCUGAGAGAGAGAGGCUGGAGGCCGCUGUGGAGGAGGCUGUGAGGAUGGUGUCGUCUUUACUGUCAGUGGAGAGAGCACCAGGCCCACUGCUGCUCCACAGAGACGUAAAUAAAUACUGCAAGUUUCUCUGGAGGAAUUCAAGUUCUGCCAACUACAACAGGUGUGGUCGAGCCAACAGCAACUACAGAUCUGAGACCUGUCUGGAUGUGACAAUCCCAGAUGAUCACCUGGCUGGAUGUGAUAUUUACCCAGAGGGUGACUCACCUCACAGGACUGAGCUCCGUCCUGACGGUGCUGGAGUCCCCGACACUGACUUCCUGCUGUACCUCCAUGUGCAGGCUACUGACAAGUGCCGAGCAGAGCCUAAUGUGUUGGCCUACGCUGUCCACUGUCAGACAGACUCUCAUGGACGACCUGUAGCCGGGGUGGUGGUCAUCUGCAGGGACAGGCUGACAGGAGCCGCAUACAGCCACCAGGCUACUGUACAGACUGUGAUCCACGAGCUGUUUCAUGCACUUGGUUUCUCUAAAGAUCUCUUCCACACCUGGAGAGACUGCUCCUCCUCCUCUCAAGUGGGGGCUGUCUGUUCUCCUCGAGGCAAAGUGACGCACUCUGAUGGAUCGGGCCAGAUGAGGAUUUACACCCCAUCUGUCAUCUCAGAACUUAAGAGGCACCUGGCAUCUACUGACCCUGAGCUAGGGGGGCCGCUAGAGAACCUGGAUGUUCCUCCAGGCAGGGUGUCCUCGCACUGGGAGUCCCGGGUCCUGCAGGGCUCCAUCAUGGACGCGGCGCUGGGGGACUGGACCACAGUCCGGAUCGACCCGGUCACCCUAAAUGCGUUACAGGAUACAGGCUGGUACACUGUCGACCUGAGCCGGGCACAGAGUCUAGUGUGGGGAGACGGUGAAGGAGCCACGUUUGGUUCUGUGUCAACCUGUCAGGACAAGUCCUCGUCCUUUUUCUGCACUGGCAGUGGGUUUGGGUGUCAUUAUCUUCACCUCCACAAGGGGGAGUGCCAGACUGAUCAAUACCUGGAGGGAUGUCGGGUGUAUAAACCCCUCAAGAAUGGAAGUGAAUGCUGGAAAGAGGAAAAUGGCAGGCAGUCUGCUGAAGAGGAGAGCGGGGAGAUCUUUGGUUUCGGCAGCCGUUGCUUCUUCUCCAGCCUGACCAGACAGAACUGGAGUCAGAUUCUUUUGUUCAACAGCUCUGUGGAGGGACGUUGUUACAGACACAGAUGCACUGGACCGAACAGGUACCAAAUCCAGGUGUCUGGCUCUGAGUGGGUGAACUGUCCAGCAGGGGGCACCAUUCAGAUCAAAGGAUACCAGGGUUUACUCCACUGCCCUGACAGGAGGUUAUGUGUGUACCCUGACGUUACUCCUCCCUCAGAUGACCUCAGUACAUUUCCUGCUUCUAUAACAAGACUUCCCGCAGACCUCACUGCAGCCUCAGCGCUCAGCGUCACUGCAGCUGUGUGUCUCCUGGCUGCAGCCGUGGUGUCUGUGAGGAAAUGUUGCUCCUGCAGGAUCAGGAUCCACUCUGCCCCGGAGCAUCACACUGAUCUGUAGCAAACA